CGCAGAGCUGGGAGUAGCGGCGCGGGACGCCCUGGGAAUCAUCAUCCAGGGACCGCCCAGAGACCACAAGAAAACAUGGGGAGGAUUUUCCUCACGGGAGGAAAAGCAAAUUCGGUACUAAAACGCUACCCAAGAGCUAAUGGACUUUUUGAAGAAAUAAGACAAGGAAAUAUUGAGCGUGAAUGCAAAGAAGAAUUCUGCACAUUCGAAGAAGCAAGAGAAGCUUUUGAAAAUAAUGAAAAAACUAAAGAGUUUUGGAACAUCUAUACAAAAGCGCAACAAGGUGAGAGUAGCAGAGGAAGUGACUGGUUUCAAUUUUACCUCACCUUUCCAUUAAUCUUUGGCCUCUUUAUUAUCCUCCUUGUCAUUUUCCUAAUCUGGAGAUGCUUCCUAAAAAACAAAACUCGCAGACAGACAGUGACUGAAGAUCACAUCCCUUUCCCUCAGCACCUUAAUAUUAUCACUCCACCUCCCCCACCAGACGAAGUGUUUGAUAGCAGUGGAAUUUCGCCAGGCUUUCUGGAAUAUGUAGUUGGGCGCUCAGAUUCUGUCUCCACUCACUUGUCCAACUGCGAUCCUCCACCAACCUAUGAGGAAGCCACAGGACAGGUGAACCUUCAGAGGAUUGAAACAGAACCUCAUUUAGACCCACCCCCGGAGUAUGAGGACAUCAUCAAUUCCAUCUCAUCUAGUGCCAUUGCUAUGGUGCCUGUGGUCACCACCAUCAAAUGAAACAGCAAACUUCUUUUUACUAUAAUCGUUUUUAGAAUACUAAUAAAACAACUGUCUACCACUUUACCACUACAUAAAUAUGCAUUGACUUAUUUUAUUGGACUCUGACAGCAUAGCACUUCACAUUUUCUGAUUUGAUUUUAAUUAGUUUUGUUUCCUACUAUAAAAUCAUUAUCCAUGCUUAUUUUAGGUAAUAGGAAUACAUGAAGAGGGGAAAACAGUGG